AUUAACUACGCUGUCUGCAUCACUUCGCCUGGCUUUUUGUCUUUUAUUUUCAUCCCACACGUUUGGAGGCGACAAUACACCUUUUUGCUUGUAGUUCUCAAUAAAACCCAAAGAAGAAGAAGAAGUUCGCCUGUCUGGCGGUGGCUGUAUGGUUUGUGGUGUGUUUAGGUCUGACUGGUGUUUACAAUACCACACUCCGAAUGCGAUGGGAAUGCUGAAGAAAUGGCUUUAAAACAAAUCAUUCUCACGUUACUGACCCUGUUUGGGUUAGUAGCCAUCGGUGAUGCCCUGCGGUGUAACUGCACCAACUGUGCAAAGUCUGGUUAUGAGUGUGAGACGGACGGGGCCUGUAUGGCCUCCACCUCCUUCAUCCAGGGGCAUGAGCAGCAUGUAAGGAUCUGUAUUACCAGAGACAGCCUUGUGCCCCCUGGCCAACCUUUCUACUGUCUGAGUGCCGAGGGACUGCUCAACACACACUGCUGCUACACUGACUACUGCAACAGCGUCGACCUCAAGGUCCCCUCCCUCCCUGUGAGCUCUGGUGGCCCCUGGGGGCCGGUGGAGCUUGUGGCUGUGAUCGCAGGGCCAGUCUUCCUUCUGUGCAUGCUGCUGCUGGUGGGACUGUUCCUGUUCCAACACCACCAGAGGGCCUACAGCCACAGGCAGAGGCUGGAGGUGGAGGACCCCUCCUGUGAACACCUCUACCUGGCCAAGGACAAGACCCUGCAGGACCUCAUCUACGACAUGUCCACCUCCGGGUCUGGUUCUGGCCUGCCCCUGUUUGUGCAGCGUACCGUGGCCAGGACCAUUGUUUUGCAGGAGAUCAUAGGGAAAGGCCGCUUUGGAGAGGUGUGGCGGGGGAAGUGGCGUGGAGGAGACGUGGCGGUGAAGAUCUUCUCUUCCCGGGAGGAGCGGUCGUGGUUCAGAGAGGCUGAGAUCUACCAGACCGUCAUGCUGCGACACGAGAACAUUCUGGGAUUCAUUGCCGCCGACAAUAAAGAUAACGGCACAUGGACUCAGCUGUGGCUGGUGUCAGACUACCACGAGCACGGCUCUCUGUUUGACUACCUGAACCACUACUCUGUUACCAUCGAAGGCAUGAUCAAGCUGGCCCUGUCUGCUGCCAGCGGCCUGGCUCACCUGCACAUGGAGAUACUUGGAACGCAGGGUUAGCACAGCGGGGAGAUGAAUUAUACGCACCAUACACGUUCACUCAGCCCAUACCUGUUUACAUUCAUAGACUAGGCCGCGUUCAGCAGUUUUGGAACAUUCAGAUAGAAAUAUGUUAUGUUCAACAAACCGUCCUCUGACAUGUAGAACAAGGAAUCAUGUUGGCUCUAUUCAUGCCAUUUCUAUCUGCAAUGUUUGGCAACUGAACGUGGCCCAGGUAACCAGAUCAAUUGGUGGUUUAGCCAGCUCCUCUCUUGUUAAAAUAUUCCAGAUAUUUUUAACUGAUUUAGUAAGGAAGUUAGCCUUGUCCGAGCCAGAACUGCUAUAUGUAAAUAUAAGGUAUUCCAGAUAUUUGUUUUGCUGAUUUUAAUUACGUUUUUCAUCACUUUACAUGUUACACCCCUCACCAUGGCCAUAGCUUGCACCGAUUGCCCUUGAAUUUUGUAAGGAUUCUCAUUAGCUGAGGCCUUGACGACAGCUCAUCUUCCUGGCGUCCAACACACAACUAAAAAUACAUUACAUACAAAAUACUUCACUGUUUACAUAGUAGUAGACAUUACAAACCUUUAACAAAUAGACAGUACAGACAUGAAUUGACCUGGUUUAAAUAUUGUUUGCUCCCUCCAUUCCAGUCUUCCAACUCGGUGUGUGUUCCUCUCUAGGCAAACCUGGCAUCGCCCACCGUGAUCUGAAGUCUAAGAACAUUCUGGUGAAGAAGAAUGGCAUGUGUGCCAUUGCUGACCUGGGGCUGGCAGUACGCCACGAGUCCAUCUCUGAUACUAUAGACAUCGCCCCUAACCAGCGCGUUGGCACCAAGCGGUAUAUGGCUCCAGAGGUCCUGGAAGAGACCAUCAACAUGAAACACUUUGACUCAUUUAAGUGUGCUGACAUCUACGCCCUGGGGUUGGUUUACUGGGAGAUCGCACGCCGCUGCAACACUGGAGGUAUCCAUGAAGAGUACCAGCUCCCCUACUUUGACCUGGUGCCCUCUGACCCUUCCAUAGAUGAGAUGAGGAAGGUGGUGUGUGACCAGAGGCUGAGGCCUAACGUACCCAACUGGUGGCAGAGCUACGAGUCUCUGCGUGUGAUGGGUAAGAUCAUGAGGGAAUGCUGGUACUCUAACGGAGCGGCCCGCCUCACGGCUCUACGCAUCAAGAAGACCCUGGCUCAGCUCAGUGUCGAAGAGGACAUCAAGAUGUAAGCUCAGUGAGGGAUGGACGGCAGAGCCAUGUAGCUCGCUGGAGACUCACAACUACAGAAGACAUGAAUUGUGUCCCAAAGGGCACCCUAUUCCCAGUGUAGUGCUCUACUUUUGACCAGGGCCUAUAGAGCUCUGGGCAAUAGUAGUGUACUAUAUAUGCACUAGAGUGCCAUUUGGGACCAGGCACAGAGGACUGACACUACACAGGGAAAGAAAGGACUGAGACCAAAUCCUGCCAGUUAAGAAGCCACUCUCCAAGUUGUGACAAGGCCUACCUCAACUUUUUAUCCAAAACUACUGAGAAAUUCCCUUCUGCCCCUUCUCUCUUCCUCCCUUUGUUCUCCUUCACCAUGUUAUCCCACCCUCCUCUCCUUCCCUUUUCACCUCACUACAACACUACCGCUGUUAAUACUACCAUUAUUAUCAGUACAAACUGCCCUGUUCAGUGUGUUCUGAGGCAGGAAUUAUUACUAUUGUACAGUGACAGGAAUUUUGUUUUUUUAAAUUUAAAAAAAUACAUCUUAAGAAAAACAAGAUUUCCCUUCAACGGACUAGCCUACAUCCUGAAAACUCAUUGAUGUGACUUCAUGCCCACAUUUUUAAGUUAGAAUAUUGUGUUAUAACUUUUGUUUUCAUGGCAAUGUAUUGCUUUUGCAUGUGGGAGAGUAGCACAAGCACUGUUUUUGUCCCCAGCCCACCAUAUAAGGCAGGAAAGUCACUUCUAUAGGCAUGUCCCAAUAUACAUUAGCAGAGUAGACUGCAGCCAUUCCUAUACUGCUUUCAGAAGCCUGGAAUAGCCUGUAGUUUAUUGGACAACAUUUCUCAUUGGUCAUUUAACAUUGCGUUUUUAUUUAAACCAAUGUAGUUCUGCUACUUGAAUACUCCACAAAAAACAUGUUGCACUCAGUCUGACUCACUCCUCCUUGUACGUGACUCCUACAUGGAUCUAAUUUUACAUUAGCUCCAGUUUUCUUUAUUUAAAUGUUUUAAAUCUGGCAGGGAUGUUUUUUAAGGGUUUUAUUUAUUUGUUAAUAGUUGUAUUAUUUCAUAUUUUGAUGAAUACACUGUGAUAUGAGAUGAGGAAGCCAGUGUCUCAGCCAUCACAAAGAUGUUAUAAAUCAUCUUUGAUUAAGUUAGCUGGGGUAGCUCCAACCUCUAACUACCGGCUUUCACAUGUUCAUUUUAACAAAAUGGCCUCAUUUCACCUGUGGGUAGUGCUAGUGGCCAAUACACUGGGCAAACAAGAGGCAAUGAAAAUACUGUUUUAUUAUAGACACUACUGAUGGAUCUGUUUUGAUUUGUAUAUAAACAUCUGUUUUCUCA